AGAACGCGUCACAUGUUACCCAACGAUUUCAUCUCAUCUGUCACACCAUUAUAAAAGGCGCAAUGUCACGCGUCUCUACUAGACGAGACGCUAUGCGACAAGAGUUACACGACGUUGUCAAGACAUCGACCAGGAAGCGUUUACAAUCUGUCCUGCUCGAAGUAUGCAACGAAUCGCCAGCAGCUUUCAAAUUAGCAUACGAUAAACUAUUCGCCAAGGAAGAACAAGUAGGGCAACCAGCUAUAUCGUUUCUUGAUGGGCCACUUGCAGAGAAUUCGGCGUUCAAGCCACGAAGAGCUCAGAAGCGCGUUCGACACUACGACAUUUGUGAGCAGUGUGAGAAAGAGUUCGACACAACGAAGAACGGAAAAUGCGUAUGGCAUCCAGGAGAGUUGGAAAUAUACGAAGAUGAAGACUUUUGGGCCGAUUGGGAUCAAUGUCAUGGCCCAUGGGAUACUGAAUACAACCGUAAAAACUAUCCCGAAGGUUUCGCCUGGAGUUGUUGCGAAGAGCAGGGUGACGCUAAGGGCUGUAUGAGGGAUUCUCAUAAGCCACGCUCUGCGAAGAGAAGCAGGAUUAGGAGUUCAAGUGGCGAGUCAUCAUCGGAAAGCGAAUCUGAAUCAGAGUAGAGAGAUGCCUGUGUAUUUGUUUUUAGUAGUAGAAUUUGUAAGAACGGUGUCCUUCCACCGACAACGGUCCCAAGCUGUCGAAACCAGUGUACGUCCAGAGCGCACGUCCAGAAGAAGCAUGGCUAUGCGAAGCGCAUGAUCACAUCGAGCUAUAAUACACUGUAUCAAACCUUGCUGAGCAGAAGCUAUUGGGUACGCGCGCUUACUGCGUCAAGGGUCCCGAGAUCCUGACUGUGUGACCGCCCAGCCAACAACAUAACAUCAGCUCAACGUGCACCAUCACACC